UUCAUGACAUCGAACAUGGAAAUCUUGCAUACAGAUCAUGCGUAGGUACGAUGCCUCCAGGAAAAGGUAGCCGCUUCGUCGGUGUUGCCGAAGAUUAUCUACGUCACAAGGCUGCCAAGCUGGAAGAGCGAAUGCGCUCACUUGAGGACGCUCUUGCGAUCCUGCAGGUCAAUACUUCCACUCCGCCGCACCCAUUGCUGGCCAAAAUAUGGUCAUCUGAAGAGGCUGAUAACGGGAGCAGCGUCGACACCACACCUACGAGGGCAGAAUUCAAUCUACAUGGUCUGAUAGAUUCUUUAGGCUCUUUGCACCUUGAUGGUGAUCCACAAUCUGGUGCUUCUCGUUUCUUUGGACCUUCCGGGGGUUCUGAGAGUUUAUUGCUGGCUGCAAAACGAGCUAUCCCAGGGGUUCCGUCAUCAUCGACAGAGGAACAAGAAAUCGAUGCUGAUUACCUGCCUUCUCACAUCAGCGCCCUUGACAAGGCUUUCCCUUUCACACCCUCGGGGCUUCCUAAAGAACGGAUCCGAGAGAUGAUAGAAUCCUACUUACCGUCAAUCCAGCGCGCUGUUUCGCUAUGUGAGACCUUCCUAAAGUCUCUCUCAUGGAUGUUCCAAAUAGUUUCGCGACAGCAAAUUAUUGACCAUCUCAUCCCGUUGAUAUACAGACCGGGGAUAAAAUCAUUGGAGCGGCCUCGUUACGGUCCACAUGACCUGGCCUUGUUAUUCAGUGUGCUAGCGAUCGGAGCUUUGGUUGAUCCUGCCCUUCCCCCAUAUAACGCCGAAGCUCGUCACUAUCAAAGAAUGGCGCGCGCCGCCUUGUGCCUGCAAUCUGUGUUUUCGGAGCGGUCUGUGGUCACGCUUAAGGUCUUGCAUCUUAUGAGCGUGUACUACGGCAUGAGUGGCGUCGAGAGCAACUUGGAACUUUGUUAUUCCCUUCUCAACCUUGCUGGUCAAGCCGCACUUCAGAUUGGGUUCCACAAGGAUCCUUCACGAUGGGGUUUUGAGGGGCGAGAAGCUUAUGAACGCCGUUCAUACUUCUGGACUCUCUUUUCUCAAACUCUCUGGCAAAGCCUGGUCACUGGGCGCCCUCCCGUGAUUAUGCCAGCUGUCGUCGACUGCCAAAUCCCUAGUGACUGUGACGAGGCUACGUACCAGUCUGGAGAAAUCCCCAUUGGAUUUGGCAACUGGAGUUCUCGGUACACGAUGGAGUGUCUAGCAUCGAUCAUCGAGCUCACUCAGGCUGCAAAGCCACCUGACUACCAAACUGUCCUCGAGUUGGACCGCAAAAUACGAGAGUUUUCUGUACCUGUGUUUACGGAUUCAACUAAUUUCGACCGUACGCCCAUGGAGAUGCGCUCCUUUGCUCAAUCGCGUUACAGAGAACUCACGCUCAUGUUCUUGCACAGAGGUUUCUUUGCACAGGCUAUGUCAGAUUUUCCUUCAGAUCCGCUUAGAAGCCCUCUAGGCCGAUCAUUCAUGGUUGCCUACCAAUGUGCCAGUAUACUGAUCACAACAACUAUCAACCAAUUCACGUCACAACCCGUAUUAUGUUCCCGAGUAUGGCGAAUAUGGUCAUUUGCAUUCUCAGCAUCAGUUAUCGUUGGCACCGUUGCCAUCCGAAGACUAGGCAUAAAGUUGGACCCGGACCCAUUCGAGCAUCUGGAAAGGGCGUGCUCAUUGUUUCACGAAGCGGCGCAGACUAGUAGCCGCGCCAAAAAGGCGCUGCCAAUUUUGCUUCGGCUUCGUCAAAAAGCGGUCCAUGCGAGGAUGGAUCCCCUUCAACACGUCAACCACCUGCCGUCUUCUGAAUCAGAGGAUGAGCCUGACGAACUAGAGGUGUUUGGUGGUCGGACAAUAUUGGUCACAAAAUCUUGCAAGCAAGUUUCGCGGACUUCCCAACUUCCAAUCCAGCUUGCGAGUUCCACGGCGACUCAAAACAAGCCCCCAAACCAACGGGACAAUUAUCAGUCGCAUCUCAACAUCCCUUCGGUUCCGGAAGGGGUUGACUAUACACUUGAGGAAGGGACGGUUGGGCUGCCUGAGUUGGAAUUGCUUCACCGGGAGGUUUCUGGGCCAUUAUACUCUCGCUCUCCGUGCGCUCCUUCGCUAUAUGGUCCCCAACAAGGACAGCAAGGGGAUUUGGUGCUGGAAGACAGGUGGUCCUCCUUCGUACAUAACGCAUCUCUUCCUCCAGGGUACUUUUCCCAUCUCGGUCCACAAGCCCGUUGACUGAUUCAUGAUUGCAUUUGUCUUCACGAUUGCACUUAUCCCGUGCGAUGCGGUUGAUUCGCCUCAAGUACUGUAACUAUAUCACGAUCUGAUUGGAUACAUUCAUCUUUAAUGUGUUCGUACAUUACAGCAAGUUAAGCCUUCCGUUUAAUUGUAUUUACCUGCUAUAAACAGCUUUUACAGUGCUUCUAUCAUUAUGUAUAUAUGGUGGUCAUUGUCCAGCCAGUUGGAGAAGGAGAACGAAGGCCGUGGGGCUCGAAGUCCUAGACAUGGUGAGCACGGCGCAACUGUAAUUUGCUAAUGGAUAGCGCCAC